AUGCUGUUAACCUUGUUCGGACCAAUUAGGCUCCUGUGUGUAAUCGUCUUAUCCCUUAUCUCACAGGAGGUGGAUCGUCUGGAGCAGCUCCAGAGCAAGCUCCACUCCUACAUGCAGUUCGGCCUGCCCAAGGUGCCGCGGCAGCUCUCCUUCCACCAGGACUCGUGGGAGGAGGAGACCAACCUGGUCCUGGAGGACAGCUGGCAGUCGCUGCUGGACGACUCCGAGACGUUGACAAGGCGACAGUUCCACCAGCAGGAGGCGAUAUGGGAGCUGCUGCACACGGAGGCUACCUACAUAAAGAAACUCAGAGUCAUCACUGAUCUGUUCCUGUGUGGGCUGCUGAACCUGCAGGAGAGCGGCCUGCUGACGGAGGUGGAGCCCGCCAAGAUGUUCAGCAACAUCCAGGAGAUCGUCUUCCUCCACACGUCCCUGUGGAACCAGGUCAUGCUGCCGGUCCUGGAGAAGGCCCGGCAGGCGCGGGCUUUGCUCGACCCCACCGACCUCCAGCACGGCUUCAGGACGUUCGGCUCCAGGUUCCGGCCGUACAUCCGGUACUGCAUGGAGGAGGAGGGCUGUAUGGAGUACAUGCGCACACUUCUCAGGGACAACGAGCUCUUCAGGACCUAUGUCACGUGGGCAGAGACGCACAAGCAGUGCAACCGUCUGAAGCUGACCGACAUGUUGGCAAAGCCUCACCAGAGACUCACCAAAUAUCCCCUCCUGCUGAAGAGCGUUCUCAAGAAGACGGACGAGCCGUCGGCCCGAGACAUCGUCAACAAAAUGGUGGCCACGGUCGAGGGCUUCAUCAACAGCGUGGACUCGCAGAUGCGGCAGCGCCAGGAGCGACAGAAGCUCACCACCACCUCUGCCCGCAUCGACUCCUACGAGGCUGUAGAGGGCAGCAGUGAGGAGGUGGAGAAGAUCCUCAAGGAGUACAACCACUUCGACCUCAUGGCUCGCAUGAGGGGAAUCUCCCCGGAGGAGACCCGACAGCUGCACCUCGAGGGAGCUCUGAGGAUGAAAGAGGGCAAAGACAGUCGGAUGGACGUCUACUGUUUCCUGUUCACUGACCUGCUGCUAAUUACCAAGCCAGUAAAGAGGGUGGAGAAAGUCAAAAUCAUCCGCCAGCCUCUGCUCAUGCACAACGUCGUCUGCAAGGAGCUCAAAGACCCCGGCUCGUUUAUCCUCAUCUACCUCAAUGAGUUCAAGAGUGCAGUGGCGGCCUACACUUUCCAAGCUAACAGCGCCACCCAGGGGCGAAGCUGGAUCGAUGCGAUCUGCAACGUCCAGAACCAGCUCCAGAGGCUUCGCAAUGAGGAGGUCCUCCGACAGCAGAAGAGUCCGAAGACGUGUUCGGGUGAAGAAGAGGAGGAAGACGACAGCAGCACCUCCACCGCAAGCUCCCCGUGCUUGAGGCACAAAGACCAGCAGAACUCCAGCCAAUCAGACGGCUCCACUGAGACCCUGUCGGUGAUGGAAAUUGAUGAACCAGGUGAAAACCAAGAGUCUCCUGCUCCCAACAUGAACCUCGAGGCCGCUAAGACAGACUCGGACUCCGAUGUGGCCGCUCAGUCUGAAAGCUCUGGGGUCCAGCGGUCUCAGUCCACGAGCUCCCACAGAGUCCACUCCAGUAUUUACUCUGAGCACGACCAGGAGGCGAGGGCUGACGGCGAGGAGCUGGACCCCCAGUGUCGCUCUCUCUCCAUGGACAGCGCCUACGGCACCCUCUCCCCCGAGUCCCUCCUGAGAGAACUUCAGCCACAGCCCUGCCAAAGUGAAGGAGAGGAGACCGAGGAGGAGGAGGGAGAUGGGGAAGGACAGGAUGUGGAGCAGCAAGGAGGAGACAUGGAUGAGCUAGAAGAGGAGCAGCAGCAGCAGCAGCAAGAGGAGGAAGAAGAGGAGGAAGAAGAGGAGGAGGAGGAGGAGGAGGAGGAGGAUGCUGCCUCACUGGGAUCCCAGCUGUCAGUCAUCCAGUCCUCCAAACCUCGCCGGCGGCCUCAUGUCCAGACGCGACUGCAUUGCCUCCAGAGGCUGUCCACUCUGGCCUUAUCCCGCUCCGAGGACAAUCUCCUGCAGCGCCUCUACGGUAAACCCCCCAUGUCCCACAAACACUUUCUCAGCACCGAGGAGCAGGACCGGUCACAGUGUGGGGACAUGGAGACGCCGUCCUUGGCACACAGCAAGAGCCUGUCAGAGCUGGGCCAAAACUGCCCGGAGCUGCUUUCCGGUGACCUCGACCAGUCCGAGGACUCGAGCCCCGUGCCGUCUGACAAAGUGUGCGCCAGCCUGAGGAGGGCGGAGGCCAGACAUGGCCACAGGGCGCCCGCUGGACAAUGUGAGGGCAGCGAGUCCCAAAGCUCUGACGGCGAAACGGCUCCUUCUGCCUGCGUAGAAAGGAAAAAGGAGUCAGACGGUGAUUCAGGGGAAACGUCGCCCAAAAAGAGGAAAUCUCCAGCCCAGCAGCACAAGAAGCUGACACUCGCUCAGCUGUACAGGAUACGCACCACUCUCGUCCUCAACUCCACACUCACUGCAUCGGAGGUAUAACCACUCUUCCAAACAGCUGAUCAGUGACAUGCGGACGCUACAAGGAACAGCGCUCGUCGUGCGUGGAUGGACUGAAUUUCUUGAGACACAAAUGCACUCUCUCUUGCUGCCCUCUCCCUUCCUGUUGCUUUUUUUUUUUUUUUUCCUCCGGACACUGACUCAACCAUUUUUUACAUUUGAACAAUAACAAACCUUCCUUUUUUUCCCCCCCUUUGCUGUUGCAUUGGUUCCCGAAUUUCUUGAACGGAGAGGAGAGGCAGAGAGACAAUUAACUGCUUGCACUUUGCAACGGAAGUAGCAUUACGGGGGCUGGGACCUUGAGGUGGACUGGAGGAGGGGGAGGGGUUGGAGAAGCGUGUGGUUUUGGACGUGCUGCCACGAGGCGGGAAGUGUUCGAACUUUAUCCCUCCGCUCGAUAACAGAAGAAACCUGCAGCUUCUCUUGUCAAAGAGAGGGAGAAUGAAAUACUCUCCACACAUGGCAACAAAGAAAAAAAACAAAACAACCACAGCACCUACGAGGACGUCCUCCUGAUAUUUGUACUACUCCUGGUUUGAAAGAAAAAAAAAAAGAAAAUUGCACAGUUAUCUAUGUUUAGUAGAAGCAUCACUAAGGAGUGAAACUACAUUUACAGUCACGCAGUGGAUUAGAAUUUAUUGUUUGCUGUUUGUGUCUGUCUGUGUGUGUGUGUGUGUGUGUGUGUGUAUGUGUGUGUGAGCGAAUGUGUGCGUUCGAAUGACACAUGGUCCUUGAUUUCCUGACUGAACCAAAACCGAUUCCCCCGUCUCCUGCAAAGACGCUAACGCACCCAAAGAUGGAAGCCCCGGGUGGCUCCCAGAUUCCCGACAACAAACACACCCAAGCGGUCCAACGCGGCCAAUCACAACGCAGCGACAUCGCCACGGAGACUGACCUUUUUUAAUUUAACUGUUAAUCUUUUGGUUGAACUAAUGCCCUUUGGUAUGUUGAACUAAUGAGAGAAUUGAGUGGAUUGUUCCUUAAAAAGCAAUGACUGAAUAUGGCUCGAGUGUUCACUCACCCUUGAGGCCUAAACGUGUGUGACACACACUCACUCACACACACUCACUCACACGUUAAGUGCACACGGGAGCUUGGUCAUAGGACGAACAUUUAAAAAUAAAAAAAAGAAGUCUACACUUGAAUCACUUGAGUAAUGCCUGUGUUUGAGCACCUUUUCUCUGCGACAUUUAAUUUCCUGUGUUCCUUUACAAUAGUAACAUUGAUAGGAGAUUGAAAAAAGGUUUGCGUUGGAUAUUUCGUAACGAGUGAAUCUGCAGAGCUGGUUUUAGUUGAACGGCUUUUUCCAGGAGUUUAAAAACAAAUAAAUAAAAAUCUUAACAUUCACACUGAGUUUUUCAGAUCAGUGAUUUAUAACCUUGUUCCAAACUUUGCCCAAACCAAAUAGGUUCAACUGUUUACUUUUAGUUCUUGUUUAUGUGUAAUAUUUAUUAUGCCUGCUAUGUUUUAUAUAUAAUAAGAUUAUUGUUUAUAUUGUUUGCUUCCAUGUUUUUUUUGUUGUUGAUGUAGUCUUAAUCUUUUUUUUCUCGCCAGGCAUGAAUGUGCUAUGAACCAAAAUCAUUUGUUUCCUCUUUCAGGAAUGACUUUAAAGUGUCUUACAAAAUAAAAAAUCCCAAAAUACUUCACAAUCCCCGUUUUAAUGGUUUAAUCCAUUGUAAUGGAGUGAUUUGAGGAGAGAGAGGCUGAAUGUGAACGGCAUCGCAUUAAAAAGACAUGAACUUGUGGUACUCA